GCUGACACGUAAGCCAUCCUAGGGCUCUAGUGUGACAGAGUAUGAUCUCUACGGAGAGGAGAUAGUCCUUUGUUUUUUAGGAAAUGCCCCUUUGGGAGCGUGCAUAGAUCUCUGCGCUGAAUCGAUGCCGCCCGGCCAGCUGCCGAGCUCCACGAAUCUGGUGGCCGUGCGACAAAAAUCUCGCUCCUGGCUCUGUAGGUCGCAGGGAUUUUGCGCGCGCGCGGCGAUGGCGUCCUAGAUGGAGCGAUUCCAGCAGCAACAUUCCGCGCUGUGUGCAUUGUGCCGGAGAUUCUCCCGGGGAGGAUGUCCGAGGCGCGAGCUUUGAGGAUUUCCUCUUGGCCGGGGAGGGGAGAGAGCGGCGGGGCGGCAGCUAUGAGGUCGGGUUCCAUCCGGAGGAGAGAUGUGGCAAAGAAGCGGCAGCAUCACCAGCACCAGCAGGAAGAGAUGGAAGAAUCGGUAGUGGCGGCAGCGCAUCGUCACGGAUCGGAGGCUACUUGCGAGCCGCUUGGCAUUUUCUACUGCCCGUGGCAAACAAGCGUCAUUGAUGAUGACGACGAUGAGUGGAGAGAACGGCGGAGACGCGAAGAACAGGCAUGGACACAGAUCUUUUCCAAGAUAAUUGUGCAAUGGGGGCAUUGGUUCUCUCAUAUCGUUGCUGGAUCAGGUGCGUGGGUGGGUAGUGUUCUCCAUCGUGUUGUGACGCGCCGGCAUGACAAUGGGGCCAAAAUCGCAGACUACGAUUUGACGCCCAUUCAGGAAGAGAGGCUGCACAAACUUCAACAGCGAUUGGAAGUGCCAUUCGAUGGAACGCGUUCGGAGCACCAGGAAGCUCUGAUGAGCCUAUGGCGGUUCGCCUUUCCUGGGUGCGAGCUACGGAGCCUCGUAACGGAGAAGUGGAAAGAGAUGGGAUGGCAAGGCUCGGAUCCCUCCACAGACUUUCGGGGUGGCGGUUUCGUGUCUCUCGAGAACCUACUCUUCCUCGCCGAGAAGUAUCCUAAAUCUUUCCACAGACUCCUCCACAAGGAGGGCGGCAAGAGAGCUGUAUGGGAGUACCCCUUUGCGGUGGCGGGCAUCAACGUCUCGUUCAUGCUAAUCCAGAUGUUGGACCUACGCUCAGCGAAGCCGAGCUCGACAUCCGGCCUCAACUUUUUAAAACUCCUGGCGGAGGACGAGACCGCUUUUGACAUCUUGUACUGUAUAGCUUUCGAGAUGAUGGACUACGAAUGGCUUGCGAUGCAUGCGACCUACAUGGAAUUCAACGCCGUGCUCACAAUCACUCGGCAAAGACUAGAGCGCGAGCUCUCGCUCAAAGAGGUCACAUACGUCAAGGACUUACCAGCCUACACACUCUUGUGCCAGUAGACGCACACACUCCUGACUUGGAAACCGAAAAACCUGUUAACCAUUGUACAAAGAUACCGAUCCUGACCAACCAAUUCGAGGAAGAAGACUUGCUUCAUUACCAAAGAAUGCACCAAUAUCGUCAAUAUAUAAUAGUAUACCAAAGGUUCAUCAUCAAUAAUAAGCUAUCCGGGGUGGGGGAUUUGAAAAGCAAAA